AUGGGAAAAUCUCUUCCAUCUCCACACCUACUCCAACAACUUGCCCGAGUCAUCACAUCCAACAACAGGCCUCACCGCCAAUCCAAGCUCAGGCCAGUCUUCAAGGCCCACCCGAUCCAGUCCCCUGAGCCCACUGUGCUCAGACCAGACUCGCCUGAGCAGCCGAGGUUAAACAAGAAGAACUUAAAGAUGGAGGCGGAGAACUCAGAGCAGCAGCGGCUGCCGCUGGCGGAGGUGGUGGCGGACUGUGUCAAGAGGUGGUUCCAGAAUACCCUUAAAGAGGCCAAGGCUGGUGACACGGCCAUGCAGGUGCUUGUGGGCCAGAUGUAUAAUGGUGGAUAUGGUGUCCCAAAAGAUGCCCAGAAGGGAAGAGCUUGGAUUAAUAGGGCUUCAAAAAGCAGAUCUUCGGUAUGGAAAGUUGGAGAUAAGCAUCCAGGUUAUAAUGCUAGUGACUCGGAUUCCGAUAACUCAAAGGAACCUGCCAAAUAG